CUCUCCGCUUUCGCGCCGUCUAGUCAAAGGCGGGAAAAGAGCGCAAGGAUCCGUUCCAUAAGCGCGCGGAGUUUAUUCGCGUAUAGACGCAGUUUUGAGAGAGCAUAUCGCUCUCUUCUCUGCACAUACUGCCAACUGUCUUUCAUUUACCAAUCAAUCACAGUGAAAAUGGAUAAAUUACCUGCUAUGAACAUCAGCACCGCAAACAGUUCCGUGGAUAGACGCUCAUUUCUGGAGAGAAGUGGCUAUCAGCACCUGGAUCACGGAGAUCUGAAGGUUUUGAUUCCUGUAGUGCUAGGAAUCAUCUGCGUCCUGGGUUUCACCGGGAAUGUAACUGCUAUAGGAGUCCUGAUUACCAAUGCGCGUAAAGGUAAGCUGUCCUUGAUCAACGCGCUCAUCCUCAACCUCAUGCUGGCUGAUGGUCUGGUUUUGGCAUUUGCUGUUCCCUUCAAAGCCACUGCUUAUUCCCGUGCCAGCUGGACCCUGGGAUUGUUUGUCUGUAAGACCUGUGACUGGUUCUUGCACUCCUGCAUGGCUGCAAAGAGCUUCACCGUGGCCAUCAUGGCCAAAGCUUGCUACAGGUAUGUCAGUAACCCCACCAAGCAAGUGACCAUCCGUUUGAAGACUAUCCUGGUAGUCCUCCUUUUCACUUGGCUCCUGGCAUGUGUGGUCCCAAUUCCCCAGUGGCUUUUUUCCACCCUGCAAAGAGAAGGAAACGGAAUGAUCUGUGUUCAAGCAGUGCCUGUCGAAGCCCAUGAUUUUAUGUCUGUGUAUGCCAAGGCAUACCCUCUUCUGACCUACUGUACACCUUUGAGUUUUGCACUACUUUAUUUCUGUAAGGCGUAUGGACGAUGCCAGCACAGGUCCAGCAAGACCCAGAACCUGCGGACACAGAUCAGAUCCCGCAAACUCACCCUGAUGCUGUUCAGCCUGACAGUGGCCAUGGCCACCAUGUGGCUCCCACAAUGGGUUUCCUGGAUUUGGAUGCGGCACGCACUGGAGACCGAAGGUGCCUUCCCUCCGGUGCUCUUCACUCUCUCCGCCCAGCUCCUCAUGUUCUCCAUCUCUUUAGUCAACCCUGUCAUCGUUCUCGCACUCUCAGAGGAAUUCAGGGAGGGCUACAUAGGCUUGUGGCGUAGACUCACCCUCCGCAAGCAACCAGCAAAACACAAGCCAGGACCACACACCCCGACCGCCCCAAAGUCGCCAACCCCAAGACCUGAAAGAUCAGCCCACCUCCCUCCACACCAGCCAGGGCAAAUAGAGGAGCAAAAUCCUGAGAAGCAACCGGACCAGUGUGAAGGACUGCAGGAGAGCCCGACCAACAAGGAUGGAAUUGUACUGCCAGAUGUAGAGCAGUUUUGGCAGGAGAGGGAAACCGGCUCCCAGUCACAGGAAAAUGAUCCUAUACCCUGGGAGAACCAGGAUCCCAAGUAAGGAAAACAGUAAGACAGUCUGAAUCUACCUGCCUCUCUUUCAUUUUGUCAACAUAAAAGAAAAACACAUACAACACAUCAGACCUCACCUCAUAAAUUAUGAAUUUAUUUAAUUUUGUGUUUAACUUAAAACUUUUA